CUCGAACGCCAGCCUCACAUAGUCAAAUUCCCGCUUCGUAGCGCUGGGGCCAUCAUCCCAGACUCAGCAUUGGCAGACCAGCCCCACGGAUAUGACUCCCAUCGCAGCCAGUUGGACCCAUCAUGCAUCUGGGCACCAUUCACGUCACAGAUUGACUAUGAAGUUGCGCGGUGGGCAAAAUUGUGGGGUCAAGGUUCCACAGCAUUUUCGGACCUGCUUGAGAUUGAAGGCGUGUGUGAGAAUCUAGGCCUUAGCUACAAGAACUCUCGAGAGUUGAACAAGAUCAUAGACACUGAGAUUCCCGCACAUCGCCCGCGUUUCCAGCGAAAGGAGAUCUUAGUGGCCAGCGAAGCAUUCGACAUGUACUAUAGGGACAUCAUUGAAUGCGUGAAGGCACUCUACGGAGACCCAACUUUUGCACAGCACCUCAUAUUCACACCUGAACGACACUAUUCAGACGAGGACAAGACACAGAGAUUGUUCCAUGACUUACAUACCGGGAAGUGGUGGUGGAGAGUACAGAAUGAAUUGGAGCAGGACAAGCCUGGUGCCACCGUCAUACCAAUAUUGCUGUCGUCAGACAAGACACAGGUCACGAUGUUUCGAAAUAAAGCAGCUUACCCAAUUUACAUGACAAUUGGAAACUUACCCAAGGAAAUCCGUCGACGACCAUCUUACUACAUCGGAGAUUACCCGGAGCAGGUCCUAGUGACCGGAAUCAAAACUGGCGAAUGUCCAAAAUGUGACACCCCUGCUGAUGAACUUGGCAACAAGGACCUACUGUUCGAGCCGCGUGAUUUGGGCCAAAUCCUAGAUGCACUGGCUUUGGUUGAUGGAGAUCCCAGUCAGUUCACAAAGGCUUGUCGUCAAGCAGGGAUAAAACCAAUAUAUCGUCCGUUCUGGCAAGAACUGCCCCAUUGUAAUAUAUACCAAGCCAUCACUCCCGAUGAAGAAAUGAAUCCCUACACCGACAUUCUCCACCAGUUGUAUCAAGGACUCGUGAAGCAUUUAAUCGCUUGGCUCAAAUCUGCUUUCAGUGAGGCCGAGCUCGAUGCCCGGUGCAAGCGCUUGCCCCCCAAUCACAAUAUCCGCCUUUUCAUGAAAGGCAUUUCGGUUCUUUCACGAGUAAGUGGCACCAAACACCAGCAAAUCUGUCGGUUUCUUCUCGGCAUUAUCAUCGACAUACGUCUUCCAAACGGUGCAUCUCCAGCGCGCUUGAUUCGUGCCGUUCGAGGACUCCUAGACUUUCUAUAUCUCACUCAAUACCCUUGCCAUUCACACCAAACUCUAGAGUUGUUGGAUGACGCUCUGAAUCAUUUCCACGACAACAAGUCAAUAUUCAUUGACCUCGGAAUUAGGUCCUCAUUCAACCUUCCAAAACUUCACUCAUUGCGACACUAUAUCACCAUGAUUCAACUAUAUGGAACAACUGACAAUUACAACACGGAGUACACUGAACGGCUUCAUAUCGACCUCGCGAAGGAUGCAUAUCGCGCAACGAACCAUAAGGAUGAAUAUAUGCAGAUGACGCUUUGGCUCGAGCGCCGAGAGAAGAUGUUAUGGCACGACAAAUUCAUUCACUGGCGUCGUUUUGGUUCGAAUUCGCCGAUUCACUCAUUACCUUACUUUCCAGCACCAUCUGAUCUUGUGUAUCAUCGUCAACACAAGAUCGCAAAGCACCCGUCUGCGAGACGCGUGUCAUUUGACACACUUGCUAAUGAAUAUGGCGCCCCGUACUUUCAAGCCGCGCUUGCACGUUUCAUUGCCGAAGUUAAUCAACCGGCGUUGACUGUCAGGCAGCUAGAAGAUGCUGCAUGUGGGAUGAUCAUUCCCUUCCGUGCAGUAGCCGUGUUCCACAAGGUUCACUACAACACUGUACAUGACGACGGUAUCCCGAACACAGUCACGGUAGAUUCGAUUCAUGUGCGGCCUCAAAGACGUGACCGCCACAAAUGCCAGGUUCCUGCCAGAUUUGACACAGCCCUAGUGAACAUGGGGCAUGGUGGAAGACUAGGUGUCGAAGGCUACCGUGUUGCGCAAAUUCGGGUCAUUUUCUCACUAUCGGCGAAGGCGAAGCAGGCGGUCUUUCGCGAUCAUUUUGCGUAUGUGGAGUGGUUCACUCCCUUCUCCAACACUCCCGAAGCCAAUCAUGGCAUGUACAAGGUUUCGCGGGCAUUCCGCGAUGGUGAGAAACAGGCUAGCGUUAUACCAGUCCGCAAUAUACGACGCUCGGUACAUUUGAUUCCGCAGUUCGGACCUGUUGCUCCUCGUGAAUGGACAUCAAGCAAUGUGCUAGAUCAGUGUAGGACAUUUUUCGUUAACGAGUUUACAGAUAGAGAUGCCUAUGUAACAUUAUUCUAA